AUGGAGCACCGGGAGGCCGCCGCGCUCAACGCGUCGGCGCUGUCGCCGCCGGCCCGGCGCCGCGCGCGGGCCCUCUUCGGGGCCGGCGUCGACGUCGCCUACGGCGCGUUGCUGGAAAGCGCGUUCUCCUUCGUCGCCGCGCCGCGCGAUCCGGCCCCGCGGGGCGCCGCGUCCUUCGCCGUGCACUCGCGGCACCAGCGCGCGAGCGACGCGGGCGGCAACGUGGAGAAAGAGGCGACGUGCCUCGCGACGCUCGUCGAGACGCCGUGCGUCGUGUUUCUCAUGUCGGACCGCCAGCGGAGCCUCGACCUCCUCGCGAAAAAAGCGGCGGCGCUCGGCUGCCGGAGCGUCGUCGCGAACCGCGCGGCAUCGCCCGCGUCGGGCGAGCACGGGCCCUUCGCGGGCGCGGGCUUCUUCGCGGACCUCGCGUCCGCGUCGCGCGCGCGCGACGGCGUCGUCGUCAACGUCCGCGGCUCGAGCGCCGGGGAGCUCCUCCGCGAGGCCGCCGCCGCGCGCGCCGCCGCGGCGGGCCUCCCGCCGCCGCGCGUCUGCGUCGCGUGA